UUGCAAUAUUUUUCAGAAAAAUGUUUUCUCUUGAGUUUUUGACCGGGGUUUCAGUAGCUGCUGGAACCCUGACCUACCAUGUCAUCCCAAAGUUUCGAGAUAUGUUUCUCAAAGCAAAUCUGUUCGGUAUAGAUCUUAAUAAAUCAUCAGGAGAGAAGGUUCCCGAAGCUACAGGGGUUAUCACAGGAUGCAUAUUUUUGAUGGUAACCUUUCUGAUGAUUCCGUUCACCUACUCCGACUACUUGCUCCAGGAUAAACCGGAGUUCCCGCAUCAGGAGUUUGUGCACCUGAUCUCAGCUCUGUUGUCCAUCACCUGUAUGCUCCUCCUGGGGUUUGCUGAUGAUGUUUUAGAUCUCAGGUGGAGACACAAACUGUUAUUACCAAGUAUGGCUUCUCUUCCCCUCCUCAUGGUUUAUUUCGUCUCAAAUAACAGGACUGAGAUAGUUGUACCUUUACUUCUACGAGGUGUACUGGGUAGCUCAGUACACCUAGGGUUCUUGUACUAUGUGUACAUGGGACUACUCUCCGUGUUUGCUACGAACGCUAUAAAUAUUCUGGCCGGCAUUAAUGGGUUAGAGGUUGGACAGAGUUUAGUUAUUGCUGUGAGUGUUCUAAUAUUUAACCUUACCUCUCUCUCAGGACUCUCAAGGAGUUACCAUGAGUUUUCUCUCUACUUUAUUAUUCCUUAUAUUGGAACCACAUCAGCUCUUCUACUCCACAACUGGUAUCCUAGUAAGGUAUUUCCGGGGGAUACCUUCUGUUAUUUCUCCGGAAUGACGUUUGCAGUUGUGUCCAUCCUUGGUCAUUUCUCUAAGACGCUUCUCCUGUUCUUUAUCCCUCAAAUCCUGAACUUCCUCUACAGUUUACCACAGUUGUUUCAUCUACUCCCCUGUCCUAGACAUCGUUUACCAAAAUAUAUAAAGGAAGAGGACAAAGUGAUGAUGUCUAUGACAAAGGUUCCUGAAAAACAAAUUAAAAAGAUUGGGAAGUUAAUCCUCAAAGUUCUGAGUGGACUAGGUCUGGUUGAGCUGAGUGUGGUAGCUAGUCCAGGAGCUGAGAACCUAGUUGAGUUCAACAACCUGACAAUCAUCAACCUGCUCCUUAAGUUCUCAGGUCCAACUCAUGAAAAGAACGUUACCCUGGUCCUUCUCCUCUUUCAGGUCUUCUGCAGCCUGGUCGCGUUCAUGGUCAGAUACCCGCUAGCGUACCUUCUCUUCGGGGAGAUUGUUGUUUAGAUAAAGGCUUAAAUAAUUUCUUGGUUUAAAAAAAAAAUAGAUCAAACUAAAGGUGUGAACUCUUAUGUUAUAGAUAUAGAGUUCUUAAACAAUGUAUGCUUGACCUCGAUCUUUUGGUUCAUCCACAGAUAAAUUUAAUCUAUAUUGAUAUAUCCCGAGAAGAGUGUCUUUUGUGGAAAACUAACGGCCAAUCAGAAGCCAGGGAAUUUUGCGUUCAGCCAAUGAGAGUAAAGAGAUUGUCCAAAAUCAAGAGUAUCCGACACAAAAUUUCCUUGCUAAAAGCUUAAUGAAGUCUUUUCACAUAUCAUGCCUUUAAUGGCAAUAUUAUUGUAAAAAAUAUCACUUUCAUACGAGUUGAAAUUCAAAAUCACAUUUCAGCGACAUUUUUCAUUCAUCUCGUACUAAAAUAUCCCUUCAUCCCUCCAUCCCUUCAUCCCUACAUCCCUGCAUCCCUGCCGUUUUAUGGGACGGAUGUUUGUUGUUAUGUACAUAAUUUUUUUUUUUUUUUCUUCAUUAUUAAGCAAAAAUAUUAUUAAAUAAGAAGAUUCUAAUCAAUUAAAUCAAACUUCUCAUGAAAAAUAUACGUUACACUGACAUAUUAACAUGUACGUGUACGUGUACACUGUUCAGUGUACAUGGUAAAGCGUGCCUGUACACUGGUACAUUGUACUAGUUAGCCUUGAAAUCUGUGAUACCGGACUUGUCCAAACUUUUUCUGUGAUUUUCUAGUUGUGCACUGACCGUGUUUUUGUUGCAGAA